AUGCGUCCUACGCUUCUAACCCUCGUCGGCAGCUUCGCCGCAGGCGUAUUUGCUAGCUACCCAGCCAAGACCAAAAAUGUCCAGGAUGUCUUUGACACGUCCAUGGCGGUGCUGGACACAUACUACGACCCCAGCGCUGGCUACAUCUACGACUUCAGCGAGGCAGCUCUUCGUCACACCGUUACGGAGACUGCCUGGUAUGCUCUCGGCCUUGUCAUGCGAAACGAUGGCAACGAUAUUGAGGAGGCCGAGAAGAUCAUCAACAACCUGGUCAGGGGCCAGUUCAAGGACAAGUCCAAGCAGUGGUACGGCACGUACCAGAAAUACCCCGAGGAGCCCGUCGUCGGCUCCGACGUCUACCCGCAGAGGAUCUACUGGACGUGGGAUCCCAACUGGCGCGGCUUCGUGGGUACAACCUUUGUCAUGAUCCUUGAAGAAUACUCGGACCGCAUCUCCAACGAGACUCAGGAGCUCAUCGUGGAAUCUCUGAGGCACGCCGUGAUUGGAGACACGUAUCGAGUCGGAGGUGUUGAUAAUGACAAUCUGUAUCCUGGAUACAGCAACCCGGCAAUCAUGAGGGCGUUCACCUCGGGCUGGCUGGGCCGUCGCAUCAACGACGAGAACAUGACCAGAUCCGGGGAAGCAUAUGCCAACGAGAUCAUUGAGCUCUUCAACAUCACAAACACGCUGUCCGAGUUCAACAGCGGCACGUAUACCGGGAUUUCUCUCUUUGGCCUGACCCUCUGGAGCACCUACCUGCCCAAAGACUCUGUCAUGGCGCAGUGUGCUCCGAACAUGAUCCGAAAAACCUGGAACUCUGUUUCUGAGCUAUGGCAUCCCGGCAUGAGGAAUCUCGCAGGCCCCUGGGACCGGGCAUACGGCUGGGACAUGAACCGUUACUUUAGCAUCAUGGGCGUGUGGUUCUGGGCAUACCUAGGCAAGGAGCACUCCUCGCUCAUCAAACACGCCCAAGCGAUGACGCACUCCAAAGACCACGCUUGGGCGCCUGUCAUAUCAGUGUUGGCCGACAAGCAGGCCGCGCUACUCCCCGAAGGCUUCUUCGAGAAGCUCAAGACCUUCCAGGGGGAGCAUACCUCUGAGAACAAGGUGUAUUAUCCUCCGUAUGACUUGGAGAUCAGAAACGUCUCGACCUGGCUGUCAAGAAACCUGACCAUCGGGGCCCAGUCCAUCAAUCAGAUGGCUGUCGGUGGUCCCACGACAACUGCCUUUACGCCUGCUGGCGUCCAGUGGACGGCGGGCGACCAGAUUGGUUUCUGGAUUCUUCGACCUACAGAGAAGAAACUCCAGUCUGUGGUCUCUCCUGGCAAGCUGAGCCUGACUUACCCGGAAGGUACCAACCAGUCUGUCUUCGAAUUUGCCAUGUCGACAUUCCGAAGCAAGCCGAUGAUGAAUAGUCUCGAUGACAUACCAAAUCUCAAGAUAUCCGUCUCGGGCAAUGUCAACCAUGCCCCCAAUUUGACCUUCGCGGGAGUCAACGGUGGCGCGGGGAAACCAUUGCAGUCGUUUGAUGUGUGGAUCUUCAGGUUUUCCAUGCCCAAGUGCUUCAAAGGAAAGCCUACAAUCACUCUAGACUUUGCAGUUUGA